UAGGUCGAUGUCAGUUGUAGAUGCGGUGAUGUAGUGUAAACAAGGUGCUGAUUGUCAACGUCGUUUUGUUUUAUACUUCUCAAGCUAUGGAAACAUCCGUAAAAAAACUCGAAAUUCUGUUUGGAGAGGCCGAGCAGCAGUUGUCAGUUCUCUCAACCAAGGUUGAUGCACAGUGCUGCCUGCUUGACCAGAGUUCUGUUUCUGCUGACACGUCUGAUAACAAUUCAAACGCAAGCCUCAAGAGCAUCACUUCUGUGGUGGGCUGUGUCAAGGACCUGCGCUCUGAGCUCCUCAAAGUGGCAGCUGAUGUGGCAACACUGCAAGAACAACAACAACAAGUCAUGCAGAGCAUCACAAGUGAGCUGCUGGCGCUCUCUGAGAACUACGCCUCCCUCCCCCAUCUCAUCUCCCGGCCCCCCGUCCACCCAACUGCUGGGGCUGAGUCCCCCCUUGACCCACUGAGGGGACAGUGA